AUGCUAUUGCCCCAAACUCGGGCACGGAUGCCCGCGGCUCUCCGGAGCCUGUCCCGGUCAAACGCGACAGUUCGGACUCUCUCCACGACCCUCUCCCGCUAUCAGAACGAUGACAAGGCUCUCAACAAGGUCUCGCGGCAUAUCACCCAGCCCAAGUCCCAGGGUGCCUCCCAGGCCAUGCUGUACGCGGUCGGUCUCACGGAGGCGGAUAUGAACAAGGCACAGGUGGGAAUCUCAUCGGUGUGGUUCAAUGGAAAUCCGUGCAACAUGCACUUGCUCGAAUUGAACAACCGGGUGCGUGAGGGUGUGCAGAAUUCCGGCAUGGUCGGCUUCCAGUUCAACACCGUGGGUGUCAGUGACGCGAUCAGUAUGGGCACCAAGGGCAUGCGCUUCUCGCUUCAGAGCCGAGACCUGAUCGCCGAUUCCAUUGAGACGGUUAUGGGCGGCCAGUGGUACGACGCCAACAUUAGCAUCCCCGGCUGCGACAAGAACAUGCCCGGUGUGCUGAUGGCUAUGGGCCGCGUCAAUCGCCCCAGUCUGAUGGUCUACGGUGGCACUAUCAAGCCCGGGUGUGCUGCUAGCCAGAACAAUGCCGAUAUUGAUAUCAUCUCGGCUUUCCAGGCAUACGGCCAAUUCAUCACUGGCGAGAUCUCCGAGCCCCAACGUUUUGACGUCAUCCGCCAUGCCUGCCCCGGCGAGGGCGCCUGUGGUGGUAUGUACACGGCCAACACCAUGGCGUCGGCUAUCGAAACUAUGGGUAUGACCCUGCCCGGAUCGUCUUCCAACCCGGCCGACUCCCAGGCCAAGUACCUGGAGUGUCUGGCGGCUGGUGGUGCGAUCAAGAAGCUGCUGGCCGAGGACAUCCGCCCACGCGAUAUCCUGACACGUCAAGCGUUUGAGAACGCGAUGGUCGUUGUCAACAUCACCGGUGGCUCUACCAACGCUGUCCUGCACUUGAUUGCCAUUGCCGACUCCGUGGGCAUCAAACUUACCAUCGACGACUUCCAGGCCGUCUCGGACCGCAUCCCCUUCCUCGCAGACCUGAAGCCCUCUGGCAAGUAUGUCAUGGCUGACCUGUUCCACAUUGGUGGCACACCCGCGCUGCUCAAGUUUUUGCUCAAGGAGGGCCUGAUUGACGGCUCUGGUAUGACCGUCACCGGUGAGACGAUGGCAAAGAACCUGGAGAAGUAUCCCGAUUUCCCCGAGGACCAGAAGAUCAUCCGCCCACUGUCCAACCCGAUCAAGAAGACUGGUCACAUCCAGAUUCUGCGUGGCUCGCUGGCCCCGGGUGGCAGUGUUGGCAAGAUUACUGGUAAGGAGGGCACGGCGUUCACGGGCAAAGCCCGCGUCUUCGAGGAUGAGGAUGACUUCAUCGCUGCGCUGGAACGCAACGAGAUCAAGAAGGAGGAGAAGACUGUGGUGGUCAUUCGCUACACUGGUCCCAAGGGUGCUCCCGGCAUGCCUGAGAUGCUGAAGCCCUCCUCCGCCCUGAUGGGUGCGGGUCUGGGGAACUCAUGUGCCCUGAUUACAGAUGGUCGCUUCUCCGGCGGUUCUCACGGUUUCCUGAUCGGUCACAUUGUCCCUGAGGCUGCUGUAGGUGGCCCCAUCGGCCUGGUCCACGAUGGCGAUAUCAUUACCAUCGACGCCGAGAAGCGUAUUCUCGACCUUGAAGUUCCCGAGACUGAGCUUGCUGAGCGACGGAAGGAGUGGGAGGCCCGUAAGGCGGCUGGAACGCUGCCUGAGACUGGUCUUACCAUGAGAGGUACCCUCGGCAAAUACGCCAGAAAUGUCAAGGAUGCCAGCCAAGGCUGUAUCACCGACGCUGUAGAAUAA